CACGUUUUUCGCGCUGUUGUCCGUUUUGUUUGUUUGUUUUGCCACACACAAUAUACAGAAGCAACAAGGAGGAGGCAGAGAACAAGAGGGUGUAACGCACCACCCAUCAGCCACGCACACACACGCACGCACACGCACACGCACGUACACGCACACACAGACACAUUAACCCCCCCGCUCUCUCUCCCGUGCUUCGUGCAAGUGCUGCUGCUUCCCGCUCCUAACCACUCAGUUCCAACCGCCAUCGCCAUCAUCAUCUCACUGAAGAAGGUGAUCGUCGGCAAGGUCGAGCCAUCCGCCCAUCGGGCUAGCCAUCCAGACGACCACUUCCAGGACCUCAGCGCAGCCCAUCGUGCAUGAGCGAGAAAACGAGCCCCACGCCAGGAACGGCGGAUGCGGGCGGGGACCAGUCGCCGGCUGCUCGCUCCUUCCAACUGCAGAACGGAUCUGACACCCAGCUGAGCGAGACAUCGGACCAUGGCACCUCUCCCGUGCUCGUCGUGGAAGAUGCUGAUGCUCCCACCAGAAGCAGCACCAGCAGCACAAAGGACGCACGCCGGCAGAGCGAAAGCUCCGAGUCCGAAGCAGAGUCCAUGUGGAUGUUCACCAGCCCUUCAAAGCACCUGAAAGCGCGCAAAGGUCCCACCUCGCGCAUGCACAAGCUCUUUCCAGAACACGCAGACGAAAUCGUGCUCGAUGACUUCUCGUGUGCGCUGCAAAAGGAUGUGCUGGUGCAUGGGCGGCUCUUCGUGUCGGAGCGCCACUUCUGCUUUCACGCCAACAUCUUUGGAUGGGUCACAAAGCUGGCAAUCGACUGCAGGGAUGUGCUUCAUCUGCGCAAGGAAAAGACAGCGCUCAUCAUCCCCAACGCCAUCAAGCUGGAGACCACAGAAAAGUCGUACACGUUCACCUCCUUUAUUGCCCGUGACACCGCAUACAGAUGUUUGUUCAAAGUGUGGCAGAAUGCUCUCUUGGAUGAGCCCCUCACCGCCCAGGAACUCCUCAGGAGCUCUGUGAAGGGGUGGCACGACAACAUUGGUGAUGAGACGUUCAUGCACAGCGCAUCAACAGACCACCUUCUCGAGACGCUGCGCCAGUCUGGCUCUGUGUCUGUGACGGACUUGUCGCGUUCGCGCGUUGGUGAAUCCGCAGCGAGUGCUCGCAGCAACAGCGCGCGCGGUGAUGACGCGGACAGCGCACAGGCCGUCUUUGAUGACGACGACGGAGCACACGGGGACGAUGCUCGUGCUGGUGAUGGCGAUGAAGAUGGUGGUGGCGGUGGUGAUGAGGGAGAUGGGGAUUUGACGGUCGACGGCAUUGACUUGAGCGAGGCGGUGGAGGUGAACGUGGCCCGGAGCCGUGCGAGCAGCGGCAGUGCUGCUGUUGGCACCAAUGACGAGCACCCAUCCACAGCCACAACAGCAGCGGCAGAGGGGGGCGAAGGAAGAAGGGACAGGAAGCACAGCGAACGCAGGAGGAAGAGCAGUGGCAAGGGGAGCACCAGCAAAGGCAGCAGUGCAGGAAAGACACGAAAGGGCCGUAAGAUCCGCCAUUCCCGCACAUCCUCGUUCACGCCGUCCGAAGGCGGCGACAUUGCGGCCCAGCACAACAUCCCGCCCCCGCUGCAGUGCGACUUUGGAAACAUAUUUAUGGACGUUGAGUUGCCGUGCUCUGUCGAGACGGCUGCCCGCUUCAUGUUCACAUACUCGCGCAUGUUCAAGGAGCUCUACAAGAAGCGCGGAACUACCAACGUUGAGAUUGGGGAGUGGGCGGUUGGCGAGGACGGCAAGCGCGUGCGGGAUUUGUCGUACACGCUGCAGCUUGACUACAGCUUUGGUCCGAGCACCACCCGUGGCGAGGAGCGUCAGGUCGAGCCUGUCCCACAUGUCCCGGGCCAGUACUGGAUUGUGGAUGCGGAUGUAUUUACGCCGCACGUCCCUUACGGCGACAACUUCUACACCAAGACGCGAACCAUCAUUUCCCGCGUCGCUGCAAACCUGUGCCGCGUCAGAGUCUGCACAGAGACCCACUACCGGAAGAAGCGGCCGUGGGCGAUCACGCGCCAGCUCAUCGACUCCAACAGCUCGUCGGGUCUCAAGAGACACUACGGCCUCGUCCGACAGCUGCUGCUCAAGUAUGCAAAGGCGGCCAUCACUGGUGCGGAGAGCUCCACCGCGGCGUCAUCGCGCAAUCUCAGUCGAGCAACGUCAAUGCGCGGGGAGGAUGCGCUUUCCCAAUUGGGAAGGUCCACCGACGCGCUGGAGGGCGGUGACGGCGACGCUCGCAGCGCACUUGAGGCUGGCGUUGUUGGCGAUGAAGGUGAAGCAGGAGAAGGAGAAGAAGGAAGUGAUGCAGAGGAAGGGGAAGAGGAAGAAGAAGAAGACGAGAGUGGGGAUGAGGGCAGUGCUAGCGAGGUGGAAGGGACCGGUGCUGGCCUGUCUGAUGAAGAUGACACGGGCAGCAGCGAGACUGAGGCCAGCGCCGACGAUGACACGCCAGAGGGACGCGCAGCGCUCGCAGGCGCGGAUGGGUGGGUGCUGACGCAGCUGAAGCAGUGGGGGAUUGUGCCCAACACACGCUCGCUUCGCUACGACAUGCGCACGCUCCUGCGACUGUGGCGACGCCACCGCAUCACGGUGCUCUCCCUGCUGGUGUGGACGCUGUUGGUGCUGGUGGUGUACCACGUGUUCAUGGGAGAGGAGAUGAGUCACCACCACGGCGCGCGUGCCCCGAUUGUGUCGUGGUCGCGCCACCUGGAGGAGUUGCGGACCGGGCUUCCACUCAACGCCAAGACACAAAGCGCCAUGUGGAGGAUUGCGGACGCCCUGCAGACACUCGCUGAUGAAGCACGCGUCUUUGCAGCAGAGAUGGACGCGUUACACACCGACACCAGUCAUGGGGACAGUUAAACACACACGUCCUUCCUCUUCCUCCUGCGUGAUUGUUUGUAUGUUCGGAGAGUGACUGCUGCGGUGGCGGUGAUGCUGCCCUGCGGCGAUUGUUGCUGUUACAGCUACAUAUGUUGGCUGUUGCUGUGAUGCUUGUUGCGUCAUGCACAGCAGUUGUUUUGUUUGGGAUCUGCAACGCUUGGGUACACUGUGAUGAUACUGCGCGUGCUUACAGUUGUGUUUUCUUCGACUAAUUUGCUGUUUCGCUCGGUGUACCCGGGCCAAAAUGAACGCAACAAGCCAAA